AUGUUGCACCACCAAACAUCAUCCAACCUUAUCCUUCUACACUCUUCCUCUCGAAGACAUGUUUCUCAUAAAACGAAGAAGGAAACAAGAACCGCUAAGGGUAGCCACCCACGACUACCCACUGUCGCUAAUGCUGUCGAGUUCCGACCAUCACCGCCACCACCAAAAGCCGCCGGAAUUCCACCACUCGCCUACAUCAUCGCUCGGUGCCACCACGUCUCCGUUACUAUGAAGCUCCGCCGUCGUCAGCUGCUGCUUCCUCUUGACCCCUCGUCGAACUCAUCGGAGCAGCAAGAAAAUGAAGCAGUUGAAGCUACCGUCGACCGCCAUUACAUCCCACCACCAAUGCAGUCCGCCACCAUCGCCUUGCUGCCAUUGAGUAAAUAUGAAGUUCUAAUUCCAUCAUCUUCUUCUAAUUUCAUCCAAAAAUUAACCCAAAUCAAGUUUCUUUUGGGCUUAAAUUCGUCCCACCGGAUACCUGCAUCUGGAUCGGUGGGCGGUGACUGGUGGGGACUGCCCACCACAACAACGACAGCGAGUAGUGGUAGCACAGCAACUUCGUUGCUUCUGUCUUCCCAGUACAACGGUGAUCGGAUAGGAAAAAAGGAGCAAGGAUUGGGGUUUGUUUGGGGUUGCUCAGAUCAACAAAAAAGAAAAAGAGAUGGGGUUGGUGGCAUAAUCUAUAUUUGUGAGGUUCGUCGGGGUGCUGAAUGUCCAUCUCAUUACGAAAACGGUUUAAACGUCUCCGACCUUGAUGAACAGAGAGUUUCGAGUAAUCUGUUUGGAUCUUCCAAUCUGACUCUAACUAAUAAUCAACGUGAGAAAGCGGUACAAAAGCAAAAUUAUAUUGAUGUUUAUACGUCGUUGUAG